GUUUUGUAUUCGCUCUGAAAGUCGUCGAAGCAAUCAAUGGAUUCUUUCUCAUCUUUCUUCGAUUCUCAACCAGGAUCCAGAAACCGUUGGAGCUAUGAUUCUCUCAAGAACUUCCGGCAGAUUUCGCCGGCCGUUCAAUCUCAUCUCCAGCAGGUUUACCUUACUCUGGGCUGUGCUUUAGUUGCAUCUGCUGCUGGAGCCUACCUGCAUAUGCUCUUGAACAUCGGCGGUACUCUCACAACACUGGCCUGUAUUGGAAGUAUCGCGUGGCUAAUGGCCACUCCUCCUUAUGAAGAGAAAAAGAGGAUUUCUAUUUUAUUUGGGGCUGCUCUUCUUGAAGGGGCGUCAAUUGGUCCUUUGAUUAGUCUGGCUAUUGAGAUUGACCCAAGUGUCCUGGUCAGUUCUUUCGUGGGAACUGCAGUGGCCUUCGGUUGUUUCUCAGCAGCAGCCAUGUUAGCAAGACGCAGAGAAUUCCUUUAUUUGGGUGGCUUACUUUCUUCUGGCAUAUCCAUGUUACUGUGGUUACAUUUCGCUUCCUCUAUAUUCGGUGGUUCUACUGCCCUUUUCAAGUUUGAGUUGUACUUUGGGCUUUUGCUCUUUGUUGGCUACAUGGUAGUUGAUACCCAGGAAAUCAUUGAGAGGGCACAUCUUGGCGAUAUGGACUAUGUGAAGCACGCGCUGACUCUAUUCACUGAUUUCAUUGGUGUUUUCGUUCGAAUUCUCGUUAUCAUGCUAAAGAACUCCACAGAGAAGAACGAGAGGAAGAAGAAGAGGAGGGACUGAACUCAUCAAACACACGCACCCACCCCGAACGAGUAACUGUGGACCCGUGCCCGGUACAUCUUGUAAAUUGUAAUAGAGUUUUUUCUUGUAAUGUUCUCUGUAGUUCACAUACUUGGGAUGGAUUCUGCUUGCUUGUUUGGGUGAAAGCAGAGACCAUACUUUCUUCAGUUUGUGUCUUGUGAUUGGUCCUGUGAAAACUGUAAUGUGAUUUUAGUUUCUUUGUUUCCUCUGAUGCUCGUGGCUCAACAGAACUGUUCACUGGAAAAUUGUUUUGUUACUGAAUUUGAAAGGCUAAAACCAAUGCUAGAGGAGGCAGUGAUGGUUUAGAAAUCUGUCCGUGAUGAAA